AUGUCUUUCGCCAAGUACAUCCUGCCCGCGCUGGCUGCCAGCCAGGUGGCUUUCGCCGCUAGCUGCGGUGACACCACCAUCUCCUCCCAGUCCGAUGCCGACGGUAUCGCCACUUGCACCAAGAUCAAGGGUGACGUGACCAUCUCCAAGUCCUUCUCCGGCUCCCUCUCCAUCUCCGGUGUCGAGUCCAUUACCGGUUCCAUCAUCUGCAAUGGUGGUGAGAACGUUACCGACAUCACCGCCGCUUCCCUGACUUCCAUCGGCGAUGCUUUCGACCUGGAGGGUCUUACCCGCCUCACUCAGCUCGCUUUCGCCGAGCUGACCACCGUCGGCUCCAUCAAGUGGAACGCCCUCCCCAAGCUCCAGUCCCUCAACUUCGACACUGGUGUCACCGAGGCUGGUGAUGUUAUCAUCCAGAACACCGGUCUGACCUCCCUCGACGGUAUCUCCCUGAAGACUGUCAACCAGUUCGAGAUUGAGAACAACCUUGAUCUCCAGACGAUCAACAUCAACAACCUGCAGAACGCUACCGAUCUGAUCAGCUUCUCCGGUAACUACGAUGCCCUCAAGAUUGAGCUGCCCAACCUCGGCACCGGUACCAACAUGACCUUCCGCAACAUCUCCAGCAUCUCCGUUCCCUCUCUGGAGAAGCUGACCGGUCAGCUCGGCUUCUGGGGUACUGAGUUCACUACCUUCUCUGCUCCCAACUUGACCACCACCGGUGACCUCGUUUUCAACGACAACUCCAAGCUUUCCAACAUCUCCAUGCCCGUCCUGAAGACCGUUAACGGUGGUUUCCUCAUUGCCCGUAACGACAAGCUCUCCACCAUUGACCUGCCCAAGUUGGAGAAGGUUACCGGUGCCAUUGACUUCAGCGGCAAGUUCAACACUGUCGACCUUGCCAGCUUGACCGAUGUCGAGGGUGGCUUCAACCUGCAGAGCACUGACGGUACCUUCAACUGCACCCACUUCGCCAGCAUCCGCAAGACCGUUAUCAAGGGUACCUACCACUGUGAUGCCAAGACCAGCGACCCUACCACCUCCACCGGCAAGUCCGGCACCUCCUCCAGCUCUGGCAGCUCCAGCUCUGCCACCAGCUCCGGUGCUGCUGUCGCCAACGGUGCCAGCAUUGCCGUUGGUGGUGUUGCCGCCUUCUUCUACGCCGUUGCUCAGCUCCUGUAA